AUGGAUUUUUGGAAGCAGCGCAAUAAUUUGCUCGAUCUGCUGCGUCGCUGCUUACUUCAGUAUCCCCCUCUGAAGCCAGUGGCCGAUGUCGCUGGAAAUGAAGCACCGACCUUACGACAGUUUGAUUAUAUCGGGGGUGGCUGUGCGGCCGGGGGAUGCGUCUGUCUACUUUUGGGUCUCACACAAGGACCUGUCGCAUCAUGGUCUCCUUACACAUAUGUUCUUAUUAUCAUCGGUCUACUACUUCUGGUUGGGCUCUUCUUUGCCGAACGAGCUGCUAUUCGACCGCUGAUUCCUAAUCGACUUUGGCGAACACCGGGUUUCACCCCGCUCAUGAUUGCUUAUUUCCUCGGGUUUGGAUCCUUCUUCGGCGCCUGGCAAUUUUAUGCGAUUCAGUUCUGGCUUCGCAUUCAGGGCGCUACACCCCUAGAUGUGGCACUAUAUCACAUCCCGAAUGCCGUUGUUGGAGUCAUUGCAACGUGGGUUGUGAGCCGGACUCUUCAUAUUGUUCCUGGUCACUACAUCUAUGCUGUAUCAAUGCUGGCCUUCACACUUGGCCCGGCUUUCUUUAUUCCCCAGACAGCUACUACCAUGUACUGGAAGCUGUCUUUCCCCGGUGUGGCUCUAGUGACCUUCGGACCGGAUCUGGCAUUUGCUGCUGCCUCAAUCUUCAUCACAAGCAAUGUCGCACGUUCAUACCAAGGGAGUGCGGGGAGUCUUCUGGUGACCAAUCAAAACUUAUCUUCAGCGAUCUUGACGAGCGUCGCGGAUGCAAUCGGUACACGCGUCAGCAAAGGUGCCGAUGGAGAGAUUGGACUUGAAGGUCUUCGGGCCAUCUGGUGGUUCGCCCUCGCUGCUCAGUUGACUGCCGCAUUUGUCACUGUGGUCUGGGUGCGGAUUCCCAAGGAGGAGGAGAAGGAACACGUUACCUAG